UCUUGGGUUUUUCUUUCUGUUUUUUUUGAAGAAAGUCUUGGGUUUUUCGAGAGCCAUACCUUUGGCUUUAUCUUCUCCUCUUCUGUGGAUUCUUCUGAAAUAUCUAGUGUUUCUGCUUCGUCUCAACUUUGCCCACCCUGAACAAGGACACAGGGAAAACAUGCCUGCUGCUCAUAAGAUUGCCCAUGCUGCUGGUCAGGGCCCAAGUGUGGUUAAAGAACUAUUUUACGGGUUAACUCUCGGCCUUAUGGCUGGAGGGUUGUGGAAAAUGCACCAGUGGAAUACCCAAAGGCGAGUCAGGGAGUUCUAUGACCUCCUCGAGAAAGGGGAGAUCAGCGUUGUGGUCGAAGAUGAAUAAUGUGUUUAUAUUGUGCUCCCAAGAAAUGUGAGAUCACUGUUGUUGUGUAAGAUUUGUUGGUGCUGGAAGACAUUACCUCUUGAUAUUUUUUCCUUCAGUGUUUUCACCUGGUGUUCAUGUAUAAGAUAAAAGGUGUUUUCAACUGGCGUUCUGUAUAAGAAAAAAAGUGGUUUUCCUUCAGUGUUUUCAAUUGUGUAAGACAUUUUAUCGUAUGUCUGUAAAGGGUCAUUAAUGUAUAAGAUAUUACCAAGUCAUGACCU